AUGGCGCAGGAAGCGCCCGCAUUUAAUCCGCUGCAUGUGCAGUGGAAGAACCCCGAGUUGCUCGCCUACCUAGGCCUGCAGAAAGGGGGUGUGAAGCAAGGCACAUCGGUGCUCGAUGAGUCGAAUGUAAUGGAGUACUUUAGCACGUCGCCUUUCUACGAUCGGCAUAGCAACAACGAGCAUGUGCGCAUGCAAAGCGCAGCGCUCAUCGCACAAACGAUAGCCACUACGCCCCAGUCGGGCGCGGAGCUCAUGGCAACGAUCGCGCGGAAACACCAAGAAGAGCUAAACCCGGAUCGCGUCGACCCCGCGACGUCCGCCUACUAUAUCAUCAACGACUGUAUCUACCAAGCCCCUGAUAUGUAUACCAUUCUGGCUACGCGCCUUCAAUCCUCGCUCCUAGGCUUGCGUACGACCCUAGAUCUGCAGCGCGAGCACCGCGUCGCAUUCAAUCCCCGCCGCGGCCACUUUGGCCGUUUCCUUACGGCCGACGCCGCGCCUAACGAGUCGGACAAGAUGGAAGAAGAAACAUCAUAG